AUGACGGCCUCGAAUUGUCCGAAGCCUGCAGCUGGCCCUUCGGAAAAAGAAAAGGCCCAGAUUGAAGAGCUUCGAGUGCUCCUUGAUGAAAAGCUACCCGGUGGAAUCCCCGCAGAUCUUGACACUGAUCUUAAUCUUGUCAGAUGGAUCCGUGGACAUCAAGGAGACCUGGAACAAAUUACAAAGCACUUCCAAUCAUAUAUCAACUCGAGGAAGGCCGCCGGUUUUGAGGGUGCGGAUUUCCCUGAAAAGUUUUUCGAUAUGGAGGGCAUCCAGGAAUACCUGCCCUUUAUUGCUUCUUCGCGAUUACAGGAUGAACAAUGGCUGGAGGAGUCCAAUUCGUUCUUGUUUGUGGAACGAGCUUGGAGUCAGCCAAAAGAAUUUAUUAAAACGAUGAAGACCUCGGAUUAUUUACUUCAUUGCUUUGGAUAUUCGGAGAUGCUGCUUCAAUUGAUUUUGAGGAGGGAAGCCCUUCAAGAUCCAUCAAAAGGACCUGUACAAUUUAUCGUGGUCUUCGACCUGGCCACAAUUAAUAUCACUGACUAUCUGAAUCCGAUGAGCGGAUAUAUGAAGAUGUGGCAGCUACGUUCUACACUUUGGCAGGAUUGGUUCCCUGAUAUGGUGCAGCGAAUUUUCCUCGUAAAUCCGCCAAGAGCACUUAGUUUGCUGUGGAAGCUGGCCAGGGUUUUCUUGAAUGAACGGAAUUGCCAACUAAUUGAGAUCAUUGGUGAUAAGAAGGAUUUUGCGGACAAACAUUUGCCGCGCUGGUUCGUUCCAAAAGAGUAUGGAGGAGAUUUCGUCAGCAAGCUACCAUAUGCUGAUGAAACCGGUGUGAGCAUCAGAAAGAAAAUCACCUCCCAGGACUACUACCAGCCUUUCCAACACUAUCAUCGAUCGAAAAUCGAACGCCCCAAAUCUGCCAAAAAGGAUAUUGCGCCAAGUGAACGUUUUGCCGUCCCGAUUGCAAUUCCUGAAAACGGUUCCCUACUCUGGGAUUUCACGGUUAGCGGCGAUGUCGAUUUUUCGAUCUGUCGGAACAAGGACCCAAAUGACAUGCUGUUCCCAAAACUUCACCUUGUUUCUUCGAAAUUACCCGAAGAGGGUCAGCUGCAGAAGUUGCCGCAGGGAGAAUAUUCUCUUCUCUUCAACAACCGUUCCGGGUAUUUCACCGUAAAGCUGGAGUACUGUAUCGCCGUCGUAUCCCGGUCA